AUGGAAGUGAGCGAGAAAAAGUGCAAGCUGAUCUCGUUCUACAGGAUUCGGAGUCCAAAUCUUGCGGAGUACAACAUGGGCCGAUCCACACUCGAACGCGCUCACUCCAUCGUGGACUUGGGUAUCACGAUUGACUGCAAGAUGGAAUUCAACCAGCACGUCUCCAUCUCCGUGGCCAAAUCGUACGCUAUGCUCGGUUUCCUUCGAAGAAAUGCUGCUGGUUUCAUCGACGUGAGGGUCCUCAAAACACUGUACUUCUCGCUAGUUCGCAGUGUGUUGGAGUACGCCGUACCGGUGUGGGCGCCGUAUUACGUCGUCCAUCAGCAGAAGAUCGAGAGUAUCCAGCGUCGGCUCGUAAGGUUGUGA